GCUUCUCUUUAGAGCGCUUUAAUCCAAAAAAUAAACCCACUUUUCAUAUCAUUAUUUUACAAACAAAUAUUUUUGGUACACUUAAACCAAAGCGUCUCUGUUCUUCUCUCUUGCAUUAAAUCAACACUUUCGAUCUUCACGAUCUUCUUCUUUUCAACUCUCACAGGUGGUUGCAAUCUUGUUCUUGGAGCUUAACAGAUUCAGGAGAGAAGAGUAGAAGGAUAAUUGAAAGUUUCUAUCUGAACAAUAUCUAAGCUCUUCACUUCCUGGAGUUUACAUGGUGAACAACUUAUCUUUGACUUGAUACUGCUAAGAAAUUGGAUAUCAGUGGAAAAUAUGGGGAAACAUCACUUGAGAGAGUCUAUAAAAUCGCUCUUUGGAAGUCACAUUGACCCUGAUAAAGAAGAGCAGCUCCAGGGAGCUAAAACAGAUUUUGAAGACAAAGUGAAAAGGGUGUUGAAACUUAUUAAAGAUGACAACCUUGAAGAGGAUGGUACCCCAGUAGAACUUUUGGAAAGGGAACCACUUGCUGAAUUGGUUGAGGAUGUCCACAAUCAAUACCAAUUGCUUUACGCACAAUAUAAUCAUCUGACAGGCGAGUUAAAGAAAAGGAUCAAGGGCAAGCCAGAAAAGGGAAGUUCUUCAUCUAGCUCUGACUCAGAUUCAGAUAAUUCUUCAAAAAAUAAAGACAGCAAAAAUGGACAACCGCAAUUUGAAUUUCAAAAUAUAAUUGAUGGAUUAAAGCAAGAACUUAAUGUGGUGCAUGUGGAAGUCGCUGAUUUAAAGCGGAAGUUGGCAACUGCACAAGAAGAGAAGGAAGAAAUAAAUUCAAAAUACCUAGCAGGACUGAACAAGAUACAAGAAGCAGACAAAAUUAAUAUGGAUUUGAAAACUGAUGCUGAGGCAUUAGGGAUUCAGAGAUCAAAACUUUUGGCUGAGAAUACUGAACUUAAUAAGCAACUGGAGAUUGCUGGUAAAGUAGAAGCUGAACUGAGUCAAAGAUUGGAGGACAUGAAGACAGAAAACAAUAGCUUGGCCAUGGAGAAAGAGACAUCUCUUCGACAGAUUGACGAGGAAAAGAAGGUUACAGAAGGCCUGAGAAACCUUCUCGAUCAACUGAAAGAUGAUAAGGUAGUGAUUGAGAAAGAACUACAAGCAGCAACAGAUGAACUUUCUAUUGUGAAGCAGCAAUUGGAACAUGCAGAACAGCAAAUUACAAGUAUAAGCCACAAUCUGGAGGUUACAAAGGAAGAAAAUGAAUCAUUAAAAGUGAAACUUUUACAGGCUUCAAAUGAGGUUCAGCUGUCUCAGAACAGAAUACAAGAAUUUGUUGCUGAAUCAAGUCAGUUAAAGGAGAAACUUGAUGAGAGAGAAAAGGAAGUUUCAACCCUUACUCAGAUGCAUGAAGGGCAUCAGAUUGAGUCCUCAGAUCUAAUCAGGGAAUUAGAAUUACUGCAAAACCAGAAAAGAGAUGCGGAGGAGCAACUUAAGAGCUGCACCACUGAAGCAAGGGAACUGGGGGAGCACAAUUUAGGGCUGCGAAACCAAAUUUCAGAACUUGAAAUGAAGUCCAAAGAAAGAGAAGAUGAACUAUCUGCUACCAUGGAGAAACUUAAAGUUAAUGAGAGUGAGUCAUCUUUCAAAAUAUCAGAUUUGACAUCUCAGGUAAACACUCUGCUGGCUGAUAUAGGCUCAUUACAAACUCAGAAAAAUGAACUGGAAGAGCAAUUAACUUUUAAAAGUAAUGAAGCUUCAACUAAAGUUGAAAGCAUUACAAAUGAGAUGAAUGCAUUGCAGAAAGAAGUGGAGUCUCUACAACACCAGAAGUCUGACUUGGAAGUUCAGAUAGGGGAAAAAAUCGAAGAAAACUCCAAGUGUAUAAUUCAAAUUCAAAGUCUGAAAGAGGAGGUUGACAGAAAAACUCUGGAACAAGAGAGACUGACGGAAGACAAAGAAAAUUUAACAGAAUCACUGCAAAACUAUAAAAGAGAUAUGGAAGAGCAACUAAAGAGCUGCAUCGCUGAAGCAAGAGAACUGGGAGAGCACAAUUUAGGGCUGCGAAACCAAAUUUCAGAACUUGAAAUGAAGUCCAAAGAAAGAGAAGAUGAACUAACUGCCAUCCUGGAGAAACUAAAAGUUAAUGAGAGUGAGUCAUCUUUCAAAAUAUCAGAUUUGACAUCUCAGAUAAACAAUCUGCAGGCCGAUAUAGGUUCAUUACAAGCUCAGAAAAAUGAACUGGAAGAGCAAUUAACUUUUAAAAGUAAUGAAGCUUCAACUCAAGUCGAAAGCAUUACAAAUGAGUUGAAUGCAUUGCAGCAGGAAGUGGAGUCUCUACAACACCAGAAGUCUGACUUGGAAGUUCAGAUAGGGGAAAAAAUCCAAGAAAAUUCCGAGUGUAUAAUUCAAAUUCAAAGUCUGAAAGAGGAGGUUGACAGAAAAACUCUGGAAACAGAGAGACUGACGAAAGACAAAGAAAAUUUAACAGAAUCACUGCAAAACUAUAAAAGAGAUAUGGAAGAGCAACUAAAGAGCUGCAUCGCUGAAGCAACAGAACUGGGAGAGCACAAUUUAGGGCUGCGAAACCAAAUUUCAGAACUUGAAAUGAAGUCCAAAGAUGUAGCAGAUGUACAAUCUGCUAUCCUGAAGAGACUAAAAGUUAAAGAGAGUGAGUCAUCUUUAAAAAUAUCAGAUUUGACAUCUCAGAUCAACAAUCUGCAGGCUGAUAUAGGCUCAUUACAUGCUCAGAAAAAUGAACUGGAAGAGCAAUUAACUUUUAAAAGUAAUGAAGCUUCAACUCAAGUCGAAAGCAUUACAAAUGAGGUGAAUGCAUUGCAGAAAGAAGUGGAGUCUCUACAACACCAUAAAUCUGACUUGGAAGUUCAGAUAGGGGAAAAAAUCCAAGAAAAUUCCGAGUGUAUAAUUCAAAUUCAAAGUCUGAAAGAGGAGGUUGAUAGAAAAACUCUGGAACAAAAGAGAUUGAUGGAAGACAAAGAAGAUUCAUCUUUAAAAAUAUCAGAUUUGACAUCUCAGAUCAACAAUCUGCAGGCUGAUAUAGGCUCAUUACAUGCUCAGAAAAAUGAACUGGAAGAGCAAUUAACUUUUAAAAGUAAUGAAGCUUCAACUCAAGUCGAAAGCAUUACAAAUGAGGUGAAUGCAUUGCAGAAAGAAGUGGAGUCUCUACAACACCAGAAAUCUGACUUGGAAGUUCAGAUAGGGGAAAAAAUCCAAGAAAAUUCCGAGUGUAUAAUUCAAAUUCAAAGUCUGAAAGAGGAGGUUGAUAGAAAAACUCUGGAACAAAAGAGAUUGAUGGAAGACAAAGAAGAUUUAACCAUGCACAUAAAGAACCUGGAAUUUGAGAUGAGCACUAUAAAGAGCAACACUAGUGAAGAUGAAGAGAAAAUAAGGGCCAACAUCCAAGAGAUCAGUCAUCUGACACAGCAGAAGUUGGAGCUAUACGACAGAAUAGCAGAAUUGGAGAGAAAAUCAGCAGAGAUUGAAUCAGAGUGCUCAGUUUUCAAGGAUAAACUUAUUAAGGCAGAGGAAGAGGGUUCAGCCCAAACGUCGGCCUGCAAUGAACAAAUUGAGAAUCUUAAACGUGAUUUGUUUUCUAUGCAGAAUAAGAUGCAGGAUUUAGAUCAAAUGAACGAAAAUCUGAAGUUAAAGUUGGAAUCCGCAGACAGCCAGAAGAGGGAAGUUGAAGAACAAUUGAGAGCAAAAGACAGUACAAUGAACACUUUAAAGCAAAAAAUGAGUAAAGACAGAGAGCAAAUAAAGAUUAACAUGGAUGAGAUCAGUCAACUGAGAAUGGCGAACUUGGAGCUAGAUGACAAAAUAGAUGAAUUGGAGAGAAGAUUAGCAGCAAGAGAAUUUGAUAUCUCAGUUCUCCGGGAUAAAUAUUUUAAGGAAUGGGAGGAAGAGGUUUCAGGAAAAAUAAUUCCCUACAAAGCCCAAAUUGAAGAUCUGCAAAAGGACUUGCUUUCCUUACAGAAAACAAAAGAAGAAUUGGAGCUCUCCAGCAAAAAAACCGGAAAAGAACAUGCAAAAUCCCUCAAAAUAGUAGCUAAGUUGGAACGCCAAGUUGAAGACCUCAAAAGAGACCUGGAAGAGAAGGGAGAUGAGAUCAGCACUUUGCUUGAGAAUGUCAGCAAUCUUGAGGUAAAGCUUCGCCUGUCAAAUCAAAAGCUCCGGGUUACAGAACAAUUGCUAAGUGAAAAGGAAGAGAGUUUUAGAAAGGCGGAAAAGAAGUUUCAGGAAGAUCAGAGAGCACUUGAAGACAGGAUUGCUACUUUGUCAUUUGAAGUUACUGCUAACAAUAAAGCUUUUCAUGAAACUAUCACAAAUGUUAAAGUGUGUGUCAAUAGUGUGAUAUCUGGGAUAGAUACUGUAAGCUUGAAAUUUUCUGACGACUGCAAAAAUCAUGAGAACCGCUUCUCAAACAUCUCACAUGAGCUUCAGGUUGCAAAAGAAUAUGUCGGGGAGAUGAAUAGGGAAAAGGGGCAAUUAAAGAAAGACAAACACGGUUUGUUGGAGGAGCUGCAGGGUAAAAAGGAAGAGGAAUUGAUUCUGAGGGAGAAGGUUGAGAAGCUAGAGGCAACAGUUGUUGAACUUAAGAAGACCCUUGGAGAACUAGAGAAGAUGGUGAAAGAGAAAGAGGAAGGUAUAUUGGACUUGGGAGAGGAAAAGAGGGAGGCUAUUAAGCAGCUCUGUAUAUGGAUUGAUUAUCACCGUGAGCGUUAUGACUAUCUCAAGGACAUCAUAUCGAAGACUAGGAGGGGCCAGAGAGCAACAUAAAUCAUUUUCUUUCUUUUUUAAUGUACCUUUGUUCAGUUAGGUAUUAUGGUGAUUUGGCAUAUAAUUAGCUCAUUUUUUCCUGUGAAAUAAUUCUUUUUGUUUUUCAUUUUACAAACAUGAGUGUGUUUAUAAUUUGAUUUUUCCCAGUAAGUUCUGUUCUUCUCUUGUAUUUGAAUUGAAUAAUCGUAGCGAGGUCUUUCUGUUCAAUAUAAAAUUUUGGAUAAACAAGUCUCAUUCAUAUUUA